AUGGUUGCCAUGGAGUCUGGAGGGGUCUCCCCCUUCCCAGCAUCACGGACAUCCACUCCCUCCAGCCAGAAUCCCAAUGGCCCUCGCCAGACCAAGAUCUGUGUCUACUGUGGCUCCAUGCCGGGCGAGAGCCCAGCGCACAUGGAAGCAGCCCGGGAACUGGCGCGCACAAUGGCGGCAAACAAUAUUGGACUAGUCUAUGGGGGCGGAACAGUCGGUCUGAUGGGCGAGGUCGCAAAGACGCUGGUGGCCCUGUCCGGUCCGGACGCCGUCCACGGCAUCAUACCCGAGGCGCUGGUCAAGUACGAGCGGGAUCCAACCUACACCUCCACGGUGGUCAAUGGGGACAAGCCGCUGGCCAUCCCCGAGGAGAAGACAUUUGGCAAGACGACGGUCGUUAAAGAUAUGCACACGCGCAAACAAAUGAUGGCGCAGGAGGUCAUAGCCGGCGGCCCUGGCAGCGGCUUCAUCGCGUUGAGCGGGGGUUACGGAACGAUGGAGGAAUUGCUCGAGGUCUGCACUUGGAACCAGCUGGGCAUCCACAACAGGGGCGUAUGCGUUCUGAAUGUCGACGGGUUCUAUGACGGGCUGCUCGAGUGGAUCAAGAAAAGUGUUCAGCAGGGUUUCAUCAAGAGCAGGAACGCAGACAUCUUGGUCACAGCCACUACGGCGGCAGAUGCUAUCAAGGCGCUGCGGGACUACAAAGUGUCCGAGGCUGUGUACAAGCUCUCCUGGGGUAAUGAGUGA